UGAGUCUCUCCUCCCUCUCUCCCGGCCUUUCUGACACAGAAGUGAGGACCCAGAGGCCUUGGGCUGCAGAACCCUUUCCAUCUGCCCUGUGGUUCCCAGACGGAGCCUCAUCCUCUCCAAAGAUGGCCUGGAGACAGCUGCUCCUUGUCGCCUGUUUCUCGGCUGCUGUGCUCCUGUGCAUGCUGCAGGAGGGGACCGGCGCAUCAGUGGGCACCGGGCAGGGGGCCGGACAAGAGGCCCAGGAAGGUGUGGGACAGAAGAUUUUCAUGCAGGAAUCGGAUGCCUCGAAUUUCCUCAAGAAGCGUGGCAAACGGUCCCCCAAAUCCCGAGAUGAGGUCAACGUGGAGAACAGGCAGAAGCUGCGGGCUGACGAGCUACGAAGAGAAUAUCACGAGGAACAACGGAACGAGUUUGAGAACUUUGUGGAGGAGCAAAAUGAUGAACAAGAAGAGAGAAACCGGGAGGCUAUUGAGCAGUGGCGCCAGUGGCAUUAUGAUGGCCUGUACCCAUCAUAUCUCUAUAACCGCCACCACAUCUGACCUCACCCUGAUGAAUCUAGAAGAUGGAGCUUGAAAUGCACGUACUCACCCAGGUGUUCCACUCCAGGUGUGGAUCAACUCUUUCCCACAAAAAAGGCCCCUUCAAAGGGUCUCAAUUUGGGGCCUGCUGUGGUAAACACAGGCCUUUCAUUCUGACGGAUUAAAAUGCCCUGGCUUUCGCUUCUUUGCAAAUGAAUUCUGAGGUGAGCGAAUGCCUGUGGGGCUGCCUAGCACCAAAUCUACGGUUGCCCCUUGCUUAGCCAUUGUUCCCAAAGUAGGAGUCCCAUUCCAUAGAACAAUGAAAAGAAUCACAGUAAAGAGAGAUUACAUGCUUGCUUACAGCUUACAAAUAAAAAUGCUGAGUCAACAAUAAA